CGCACCGCGGCCAAUCACAGGGCGCCCCCGCUCAUACGUCAUCAGGCUGCCGAUCUUUGAAACAAACUCUCUUUAUGUUCAACUGAGCAAGAAUUGCCCUUAUCAGCCUCUGGCUGGUUAAUCAACUGGCAGGCCCUCAACCUGCAGGCUCUUCAGGGCAGAGGUCACUCUCCCUAGGGGACAUCUUCCYUUGGGGAUCAUUCCCCCUUGCUGGGACAGUAGGACUCCUGCCCUGUUUUUUCCCUUUUUCUCACUAAUAUGGUGGAACGCCUGUUACAGGGCAUCUGAAUUAAUGGUCAGUCAGGAAGUGCCAGGCACGUCUAGAUGCACCCAAGACGCACAUUCAUUAGAUGAACUGAGUACAUCCUGUACAGAAGUGCACAAAAGUAGUGACAUGAAAAAGUCUGACAGUUCUGGAGUCAUGGCUAAAGCUGAUAUCAAACCAAAGUCUAUAUGUCAUGCCAAAAAAUGGUCAGAUGAGGUAGAGAACUUAUACAGAUUUCAGCAAGCUGGCUACAGAGAUGAAGUUGAAUAUAAACAAGUAAAGCAAGUUGAUACGGUAGAGUGUUGGCCAGAAACUGGAUUUGUUAAGAAACUACAGAGAAGGGACAAUACUUUCUACUAUUACGAUAAGCAAAGAGAAUGUGAAGACAGAGAAGUUCAUAAAGUAAAAGUUUACGUUUAUUAGUCUUGUUGUUGUAAUCUGUUUGUAUAUAUUUUUCUAAAUCUGUUUGUCAGUUGGAAAUUUUAAGUAAAUGAGAUUUGUCUAAUCUGACUUGCUCUAUUUUUAAGUAUUAGGUGUCAUUAUUGGAUAGAAUGGGGAAGAGAGGAAAUCUAAAGAGAAUUUUGGAAUUCUGGCCGUGGAAAUUCUAAUUUGAUUCUGGGAUAGCAUACUACAGUCAUAUUAGCCUUCAUUUUUCCAGUUACAAAAAUGUUUUGGCAUCUAAAAAAAGCCAAAAACUUGCAAAUGAGUAUCAUGUGUUUGGUUUAAUAACUGUGUGGAAGGUCUA